CCAGAUCAUUUGUGAAGAUAUUGAACAAAACCGGCCCCAGGACCGACCCUUGGGGCACUCCACUUGAUACCGGCUGCCAACUAGACAUGGAGCCAUUGAUCACUACCCGUUGAGCCCGACACUUUAGCCAACUUUCUCAGACAUGGAGACCAAGAGACAUACACGGGUGAGAAAGAGGUUUUCUCAAUCUUAAGCCUUCUUGUCACCAGGCAAUGAGGGGACUCUGGGCCUGGCCAAGGGAGAGAGAUGGCAUGGGGAUCUGGAGCAGUACUGCCAAAUGGGCUCAGGGGAUCAAGCCCCAAAGACUGCGUGCCUCUCUUCUGAGGGGCCUGCCAUUUUCUUAUAUUUUGGCAACAGAAGUAUAGCUUGUUUUGCCAUUAGAGUCUCAUAGGAUUGAACUGCCUGCCUCCUGCAUGUGAGUGUGUAUCAGAUACAUGUAUGUGAGGUGUGUCAAAUGCAUGUGUGUGUUGGGCUGUGUUCAGAGAGGUACCUGUGUCGGAUGUGUGUGUGUUGGGCUGUGUUCAGAGGGGUACCUGUGUCGGAUGUGUAUGUGUGUCUGAGCUGUGUUCAGAGGGGUACCUGUGUCAGAUGCGUGUGUGUUGGGCUGUGUUCAGAGGGGUACCUGUGUCGGAUGCGUGUGUGUGUCUGAGCUGUGUUCAGAGGGGUACCUGUGUCAGAUGCGUGUGUGUUGGGCUGUGUUCAGAGGGGUACCUGUGUUGGAUGCGUGUGUGUGUCUGAGCUGUGUUCAGAGGGGUACCUGUGUCAGAUGCGUAUGUGUCUGAGCUGUGUUCAGAGGGGUACCUGUGUCAGAUGCGUGUGUCAGCUGUAUUCAUAGGGGUACCUGUGUCAGAUGCGUGUCUGAGCUGUGUUCAGAGGGGUACCUGUGUCAGAUGCAUGUGUGUGUCAGCUGUGUUCAGAGGGGCACGUGUGCCGGAUGUGUGUGUGUGUGUGUGUGUGUUGGGCUGUGUUCAGGGGGGCACCUGUGCCGGAUGCGUGUGUGUAUCAGCUGUAUUCAUAGGGGCACCUGUGUCGGAUGCGUGUGUGUGUCAGCUGUGUUCAGAGGGGCACCUGUGUUGGAUGUGUGUGUGUCAGCUAUGUUCAGAGGGGCACCUGUGUCAGAUGCGUGUCUGUUGGGCUGUGUUCAGAGGGGCACCUGUGUCGGAUGCGUGUGUGUUGGGCUGUGUUCAGAGGGGUACCUGUGUCGGAUGCGUGUGUGUCUGAGCUGUGUUCAGAGGGGUACCUGUGUCGGAUGCGUAUGUGUGUGUUGGGCUGUGUUCAGAGGGGCACCUGUGUCGGAUGCGUGUGUGUGUCAGCUGUGUUCAGAGGGGUCUGUGAGCUGACACAUCUGUCAGAGGGGUGCGUGCUUUGUGCGACUGUGCAUUUGUGUCAUAAAGCCGAUGUGUGCAGGGAGGGUAGGUCAGAGGGGGGUUGUGUGUCAGAGGCAUAAGUGGCAGGCAGAGGAGAAAGAGAAGUGUGUGUGUGUGGGUGUGUGUGGGGGGGUAUUGAGUGUGACAGAGCCAGCAGAAUAAGUGCCCUGUCUCUUUAAAGGCCCAGACACAGCCCCAUCUGAUGCGGCGGCUCCAAUCAGCAGCCCCUGGGCUCUGGCAGCAGCAGGAGCCUGGGCUCUGCAUUCCUCCCUCUUCCUAAAGGGCUAACAUGGCGAUGGCAGGAUGAGGGUGAGGUGAAGACGCAGGGGGAUGUGAGAGCAGCAGCUGCCCAGACACACACGCGGGGCGGACAGCGCAGCAGGGGGGAUUGCAGCUGAGGAAAGGAGAAGGGAGAGGAAAAAAAAAAAAAAUAAAAAAAACACCCAACCCAACAUUUUCAUGGAGAGCAAAAAUCCCAUGCAAGCUGGGGAGGAUCAGGACUCCUUUGAGCUGAGACCCUUGCAUCAAAAUGAACACAAGCACCAGGGUCAUCCCUUGACAUUCAUAGGCAGCAGGCUGAAAACAAACAAAAGGCUUCUGUGUUUCUUCACACCACGCGCUGUCAACCUGUGACACCCGGUGCCAGAGGAUCUUGUGAAGACCAAACGUGUAACUGGGUUCAAAAAAGAACUAGCUGAUAGUUGAAAAGACAACUGACUACCCUUCCGCUGAAUACUCUCUGGUGGAGGAUGUAGCCCUCCACUUCACGUGUUUGAUGGACAGACUGAACGAGCAGCGCCUGUUUCAGCCGGACCUGUGCGACGUGGACAUCGUCCUAGUUCAGCAGAAGAGCAUCUUCCCCGCCCACAAGGGGGUCCUUGCCGCCUACAGCCAGUUCUUCCACUCUCUCUUCACCCAGAACAAGCAGCUGCAGCGGGUAGAGCUCUCCCUGGAGGCCUUGACUUCCCAAGGCCUCCAGCAGAUCCUCAACUUCAUCUACACCUCCAAGCUGCUGGUGAACGCCUGCAAUGUGCAGGACGUCCUGAACGCCGCCACCGUGCUGCAGAUGAGCAACAUCGCCUCCUCCUGCCAGGAGCUCAUCAACACCAGGUCCCUCAGCCUGGCCAUGGCCAGCGACAUGGCCCUGCCCCCCGACGCCUGCGGCAACGCCGUCCCACCGCAGUACUACUGCGAGAUUAAGCAAGAGGUGGACUCUCCGCACCCCAAGAUCUACGCCCGGGAAGGUACCGAUCCCUACUCGGUGCGAGUAGAGGACAGGGUGGGUGGAGGCGGCAACCAGCACCUCCCGACUGUGGCUGCCAAGCAGUAUUACAAGGAGGAGAAGGACGGUGGCCUGGCCACCAUGUGUAAAAUAGAGGGUGGGGAGUCGGAGGAGGAUCUGGACAGCCAGGGCUCUUACAACCGGGAGCAGAUCAUUGUGGAGGUGAACCUCAACAACCAAACCCUCAAUGUCUCCAAGGGAACGGAAGGGAAGCCCACUGCCAAUGAAGCUGCCGCCGUGAUCACCCGACCAGACGGGGAUGGACGUGACACCGAGGAGGAAGGAGAGGAGGAGAAUGAGGAAGUGGGGGAGGAGGAGGAGGAUGCUGAGGUGGGGGAGGAGGAAGAGGAGGAGCACAGCGAAGAGGAAGACCUGGAGGAGACCACCGAGGAGGAGGAGGAAGAGGAGGACGACGAAGAGGCGUCUGAAGUGAAAAGGGAAAAAUCUGGGCAGCCCCGCAGGGGGAGCAGGUCGUCCAAGGCCACCAAGUCCACCAUGUCCACCAGGUCCCAGGAUCUAGCCAAGGUGGUGGAGGAAGAGGAGGGCCAGCGUGGGAGGAAGAGGAAAAAGGAGCAGGAUGGGCUGGGCCCGAAAGUCAAGCUGGAGGAGAAACAGCAAUACCCCUGCAAGAAGUGCCCCCGCGUCUUCAACAACCGCUGGUACUUGGAGAAGCACAUGAACGUCACCCACAGCCGCAUGCAGAUCUGCGACAAGUGCGGCAAGCGCUUCCUGCUGGAGAGCGAGCUCCUGCUGCACCACCAGACGGACUGCGAGAAGAACAUCCAGUGUGUGACAUGCGGGAAAGCGUUUAAGAAACUCUGGUCUCUCCAUGAACACAAUAAAAUUGUCCAUGGCUACGCAGAGAAGAAGUUCUCCUGCGAAAUCUGUGAGAAGAAAUUCUACACCAUGGCACAUGUGCGGAAACACAUGGUUGCUCACACCAAGGAUAUGCCGUUCACAUGUGAGACGUGUGGGAAGUCAUUCAAACGCAGCAUGUCCCUGAAAGUCCAUUCUCUUCAGCACUCUGGAGAGAAGCCUUUUAAAUGUGAGAACUGCAACGAGCGGUUCCAGUACAAGUACCAGCUGCGCUCUCACAUGAGCAUCCACAUCGGACACAAGCAGUUCAUGUGCCAGUGGUGCGGGAAGGACUUCAACAUGAAACAAUAUUUCGAUGAGCACAUGAAAACGCACACGGGUGAGAAGCCCUACAUCUGCGAGAUCUGCGGCAAGAGCUUCACCAGCCGCCCCAACAUGAAGCGCCACCGCCGGACCCACACGGGAGAAAAGCCCUACCCCUGCGACGUGUGCGGCCAGCGUUUCCGCUUCUCCAACAUGCUCAAGGCCCACAAGGAGAAGUGCUUCCGGGUCAGCAACCCCCUGGCUUCGGACACCGCCAACCCCGCCAACAACGGCGGCAGCCUCUCCGCUCCCCAGGGUGCCCCCUUGCCUCACUUGGCACAGCACCCCCACGCCCUCCCUUUGCCGCUGCUCCACCCCCUGCCCCCUCCUCCGCACCUGCCGCCUCCACCUCCCCUGUUCCCAGCCGGGCGGGUCAAUUCGAACAACUAGGCCAGCGUGUGCACGGACUGCUCUGCCACGCAGGGGGUACCCAGCGGGCUGCUUGUUCGCAUGAUGCCGGGAGAAGGAGGGAGGCAGUUAAUUCUCUCUCUUUCGUUUUUUUACCCCCCCCCCCAUGGUUUUAUGAUGAGCCCGUCAGCCUUCCGUCAAAAGGACAGGUGCUCUGGGCCACAGCAAGCUCCCAGGCCGCUUGGCGUGCCAGCGUUCAAUCAGGGUGUAGACAAACGGCUCUUCCUUCCCUCCUCGUUCCAUGGCUUUAGCGUUUCCCAAGCCCUGCUCAGACUCCUCCUCCCACCUCACGAGGCAUUGUUUACCUCUGCCGCCUAGUGCACUAUUGUAUCAGGGUAGCCCUUGCCACAAUGUCUUCCCGCUUUCGUGUGUACCUGCAUGUUUCGUGCAAUUACGUUAGACUAACGAAGUGCACAACUCACGCUCAGCCCCAUCAAGCCAUUUCCACGAGUUCCUCACGGCAGCAGUAAGGUUUUUUUGGGUGUUUUUGUCUCGUGAGGCAGCACUUUUAGCUUUGCCUCUGGCUAUUAGUCAGGAACUUGUCCGCGAUGCAUCCUGUGCGAAAUGUUUAAUCAGGGUUCCGCCCCUCUUUAGUAUGCUGCUGAAACAACCUGAAAAGACUACAGGUCCCAGCAUGCAGUGCUGUUCCGAAUGGCUUUCUGCUGGGAAAAGGAAGGAACAGAGCAUGCUGGGAGCUGUAGUCUUUGCUUGUUACGCGUCUGUGGUAAAGAUAAGGGUUGCCACAUUGCACGCUUUGGGAUGUCUGUAGUGCUGUCAGAGGUGUCACUGCGUCACCUGUCGACGUACCUGAGCUAGCUUUAGUUAGCUAGCUUGAGGAAUGCUCGUAGUGAAACUGCAGGGGCACGGGCUCUGCAAGCCCAUCCAGGGUCCUGACGAGGUGCUCAAACAACUAGUCUGUACUGCCGUAGCCUCACCUCUGUUGUUUUUAGAUCUAGCUAGAUCAAAGCUAGCCUUUGGCAUGCCUACAUGUGCUGCCGUCACACCCCUCUGAUUGCAGUGUAGACCAACCCUUUGGUAACCCUGCUCUAGCCACCGAAAUGGAACUUUCAGCCCAAAUCAUCAUCCUCUGGGAAAAUGGCACAAGGCAUGGGCACACAGAGAUGCACGGAUGCAUGGGAACUAGACUCCCUUUGAGAUUGGCCAGCGGGCUAUUUCACACAAUGAGUCAGCCACAGGAAUAGUCACAAGGAAAGGCAGAGAUGCUACCUUAUUCUGUGCAUUGUGGGCGGAGGGGGGUUUCUAAGUGACACAGGCUAUGAAAACAAAGGAUGGUAAUGUUUCAUGGCAGUUAUGCAGAUUAGAGGUAGUGGCUGUUAUAGGUAAUCUAGCGUAUUUGUGCUUGAGCCCGUCCCUUGUCCUGAGAGGCUGGUGCUGCAGGAGAGAUCUUUCAAUGAGUUCACCACUUCAUUACAGGAAUCCAAGCCAGGUUAGGGAGGACGAGACGUUACCACUAGCUGGCAUCUCCAGUGGCCCACAUGACAUGAGUUAGGGGGCUGUGUAUUCCACGUCUAAGGGCUGUGUAUUCCAGUGGCCCACGUCUCAAAACCCACCAUCACAGCCUGCUCUCAUUAGCAGCCCUUGUUAUGUCUUCCCUCCCAACCGGGAUUCCACACCCCGCCCCCCGCUUCCUCUGCAAUUUCUUAGACUAAAGCCCCAACCCAGACAGCUGGGUUUAAUAAAAGGAUUCACUAGCUGGAUAUGAUUUUUUCCCCAAAGGGGUUAAGACCCAUGAUAAUCCCAGCUCCAGUGCUAGAAAUGAGCUCCAUAUUUCUAGGAGACGGGCUGGAGCUGUCUGUGGCCGUGGCCAUGGAGCUGCAGCGUUCCCGUGGUGAGCGCUCCAUUGGUCUUUAGACUAAAAGAGAGGUUGGAAAGUCGCUGCACUCCAGCCUGAACGGAGCAGCAGGCUCUAGUCCUAGGCUGAACUUCCCUGGAAGUUACUCUUCAUAAUAGUGCCUUACAGUUACUGAAAGUAAGCUCCCGGUGUGUGCUCGGGAGCCUGGUUAGCCUGAAGUCUGCUCAUCAGAUCUGAUAACCUGCCUGUAGGACCAAGGAAAGGCAGUGGCUCAGCUCCUUCAAUCUCCUUUUCCUCCUUUCAUGUCUUAUCUGAUAGGCCCUCGACCCCAGUACUUAACUCUCCUUUAGGAGUCUAGUUUUGCCUUCAGUCACAGCACAGUGAGCCUUUGUACACAGGGAGUGCAUUUGAGGGCUUUAGCCUGGAGUUGGCAACUAGAGUUCAGUGGCUAGUCAGAGGCUACCUUAUUGGUGAAGGGGCCUGGCAAGAAGGACAAGCACCUUAUAAAAUGUUGCAAGCCCAUGUGAGCUUCAGGCCCGGCAAAUUUAACUCCCUCGCCUGGCUCCAGGAUACUGAUGUGGGAUUGUGCCACGUUACUUUGAGUGCCAUUUCAGGCUAGGGAAGCCUUUUUGCAUUGGCCUCUAGGGGGAGAUAGCUCAGGCCACUGAAGUUCGGCCGAACAGUACCGAUCCCAGCCUCUGCUGGCUCUGUCUGAAGCUGCAUCAUUCAUGUGGGCUUUUCUGUCUCUUACACUGACAAUUCUCAUCUUGCAUUUCACUUAUUUAAGGAGCGUUUUGCGCUUGUGGAGUACAGCUUAUAACCCUGAUGGCAGGUGCCAUCAUCCCAGAGUGGCAGAUCAUUUAGGCCCUGUCUAGAAUGGCUUUCUUGUUACCUGCCAUGGCCUAAAAGUGGGGCUCGCAGUUGUGUGACUUACCCCAGGAUAAGCCCUGUUUUGCAGCAGUGCGGUGUCCUGUACUUUAGAAGGUUGCAAGGGUGUAACCACACGGAUGUAAUUACCCUAGUCUAGUGGCUUUCCCUAGUCCAGACAAGCCCUCGGGGCUAGAUCCUGCAAGAUUCUAAGCACCUCCUAGGAGGCAACUCCUUCAACUCCCAUUGGUGUGUGUUGGAGGGUGUUUUGCACCACUCUAAGAGCUGCUCAGCACCUUGCAGAGUGGCAGAGGGCAGUGCUGACUGUGGUCAUUUUAUUGCCCCUUACGUGUCUACUUAAUGGUCCCAGUGUGUGGUGGAGCAGGAUCUAGGAGAAAAGUACAUUGGCCAGAUUCAUCGUUGGCAAUGUGAGCACUGCCACUGGGAUAUGAAGAAGGGAGGCAGGAGGGAGAAGACAUGUAGUCAGCUGAAGAAGCCCUUUCUUGUUAGCAGUUUGUUCUGUUGGCUUUAUAGCUUCAGUUGAGACACCUACAUGCAUGGGGAUUCUGAGCCGUGUCUGGCUAAGGCAGAAGCUGCAGUGACGUGUCCUUGUAGCCCCAACUCAUCACAGCAUUUAACACAUGCUGAAGGCCAUCUUUAUUUAACAGCUAUGUGUUUAAGCCUCAUUGAAGUCAAUGGGAUUUAACCAUGUGCUUAAAGUUAAGCAUGAGAUUAAGUGCAUUGCUGACUAGGGCAAGGCUGCUGACUUGUGACUUUAAAUGACUGACCCACUUUUAAAUGACUGAUCCACUUCCCUCCUGCUUGGCAUCCCAAGCGGACCUCCAGUGCUGCCCCCCACACCUGGCACCUCCUUGUUCGAGCACCAGCUGGCACUGAAAGGCACAUCGCUUUUCACGUCCAUUGACCACUUCUCUCGCCUGUGUCAGCCGCAGCCUCUAUAUCGCAAUCAGUUAACGUCGUGUGUUGCAGAUUCUGUGCUCACAGACAGUCUGGUUCUGCUUCAUGUAAAGUGAGGCGGCUGCUGAAUGGGCUGCCGGUAUGGCUGUGAGCACCUUGCAGCUUCUCGGAUCAAUGGCAGAUAUCCCAUGGGACAGGGUGUCCAACUCAGCUACUUCCACAGGUCCAGCAUCCUGGGUUUUGUUAGGACUGUCCAGCAUCUUUCAGAUAUCACAUGUGUCUGCAAGGAGACCUGAUGGCUCAAGAGCUUGGCAAUGAGCUAAGACACUCAGGCAUUUAGGUCACUGGUGUGAACCCAACUCACUUUGGUCAUGACUGGAAAGUCUUAUCCUCUGAAGAUGGCUGGCUGAAGGCCUAUGCCAUAGGGGGUUUGAUGGUCUCAUCCCAGUGGCUCGGCGUUCGUGUCAUUAAAAGCCACCUCCAUCAUUGUCCCUCUUGCCUAGCCCUUGUGGGCAGUCUCAACAGAGGUCAUGGAAGGAAAGGGCCGUGCGCACUGAUUUCCCCUGCCACUCCUAUUCUUCCACGUCAGGGUUGCGGCAGGUGAGCAGGGCGCUGUGAGGAAAGGUAGCACUGCCCGUAAUGGGGCUGUUCCGUGGCCAGAAAAUGUAAGCCUCCAUGGCCGAGAAACCGGUCCCUUUCCCCAGCACUGAAUCGACUCGCACAAAUGCACACUAUCCAAAAGGGAAAGUCACUAAUUGCCUAGAAUCUGAUCAGAAUCGCUCACUUCUCCCCCAGCCUGCUGCAGUUUCUCAGUGUGCCUGUCUCAGCGGCCUGUUCUUCCCCACAAGCAGGGGUAAAUCCAGUGGGAUGCCAUCUGUGUACGCAACACAUGCAUUGCGUGCACAAUUGGCUGUGUAUUGUCCAACUGGCAACCCGUGGGAUGUCCCCCCGGGGGACCCCAUUCUGCAAAACAAAAUGGCAUCCUCCGUCCAGUGUGCUCUCGCACAUGCGAGGUCACGGCGCAUGGAGGGCGCUAUUUUGGAUUGCCUAAGAUGUGCAAGUGAGUUGUUGCAUGUCUUACUAAAGCUGCCACAGCAUGCCACUAGGGGACCUGGACGUGACCCCACCGAAGGCAGCGUCAAACAGGUGUAAGCGGGAGGAGAAUUCUGCCACUUGGUGACACGGCUGCUGCAGCUGCCCGGCUUAGACCCUGGUGCAUAAAGAACCCAUCCACGCCUGUUUGCCCAUUUGGAUUCAUUUUAAAACGUUGCCCAGAGAGCAGCCUGGAGACAGCAGAGCAGGGCAUGCACAUGUGAACCCCUGGGGAGUCAGAUCCCUGGUGCCCCAAGGCCAGGACUGAGAGACGCCUCCAGGACUCCUGCGCCGUCUCCAACCCUUUUGUCUACACCCUUAUUGAGUCUAAAUGUGUCGAUUUGGGUAUUUUUGUGACCGUACCAAGAGCUGAAGCGAAUGGUUCCAGAAGCGUAUUGGCCCCUGUUCAUCCCUGGUAGAACUCCUGCAAAGCCUCUUGAGUUCGACCAGGGGAGAAAUUCGGCCUGUUCUUGUCAAGCAUUUUAUUCUUUGAAUUCUUGCACCUUAACCCCUCACAUCCCUCCUACAAUGCACCACGAGUAUGAGAGGGGCUUUAUUUCCACUAGCAGUUAAUGAACGUUCAGCAAACAACUCUGCGCGCACACACACACACAACCCUGCCCACUCGCCCUGCCUCAUUUUCUUGUGUUGAACUUGCAGGGAGGGGGCAAUUUCCCAGGAGCCUGGUAGGCCAGACCAGUUUGCCUCAUAGUGUUCAUAAAGCAGGCCUCCCCCCCUGGCCGACAGCCAUAACGAGAACGCAGCCAGAGGGGUAAAGGACUGAGAUGGCUGUGACACAGUGCAAUAGCAAAUUGGCAUCAGCUGCUGGACAACCUUGAUUUUUAACUCUUUGCAGACAAGACAGACACCUUUGGUCCACAUGGAUGGAAGCCGCUUUCUAGCACAGCCCUGCCUAGAGACACGUCAUCCAUGAAGGGAAGGGGUGGGUAGAACCUAAUAAAAGAACAACCUCGGUAGCAUGGAACUUAAAGGAAACAAAUGGACAGAAAAAAAAAAAAAAAACCCACAAGCACUUCACUUGCCUCAAACUAGUUUCUAAUGCCUGGCGUUUGGCUGUGUAUUAUUUUAUGGCAUUCAGUAUCUGUUGCCCAAACAUGCCAAGUAAAGAGUGUAUCGGUGGCUCUACUAGUUGUGAACAAAAUAAAUGAAGCACUUUAUUCUGUGUAGAUACGGGGAAGGGGGUCGGGGGAGUUUGGAUGCUUUCCAAAAGCAUCUUAAGUAAUGUUCUAGGAAAUGUAUUAUUACAACGUUUUUUUUUAAUGACCAGGUGUAAUCAAUAUAUGUUUAUCUUUAA